UAAUCCUAAAUUUAAUUGAGUUUUGACUUGAUGUGAUCCCUACAAGUCACCUCUAAUAAUUUCCAAACUUAAAAGGUCACCUUCAGUAAAAUUUUCGCCGUCUCUCCCUAUCCCGUGCCGGCGCAGGAUUCAACUUCUGCCUGUGUGCGCAAAUGGAAGUGUUCCUAAUUCUUGUGAAUUGAGAUGGAUAAAUUUUUGAAGAAGCUGAAUCAUUCUCAACCAAGUUCUAGUUCUAGUUGCCCAUCCUUGAGUCAGACGGUAGCUCCAGUAAUUCGUAUGGAUGUCAAUCUUUCUGGUUUUAUAGAUGAACUUGAUUUGGAAUCACUUAAAGAUGAUCCGGGAGAAAGAAUACCCAUUGUUAACUAUAGCCCUCGAAUACGAGAUGCAGUGAGGAGAUACUAUAUUCAAAAGGGACCUUGUCAACCUUUCAAGCAUCAACAACAUACCCAUUGUGAUCCCACAAGUGGGGAACCUUUGAAGCAUCAAUUUCCUAAAUCUAAGUUUGAAGAGAAAAUGCGUCAAUUUAAUGCAAACUGGUACGAAAGUCUGUUUUCUGGAUGGUUGGAGUAAAGUGUGAGGAAGGAUGCUGUAUAUUGUAUGUGUUGUUAUUUGUUCAAACAUGAGUUCACUCAUGGAAGUGCAGGUGAAGGUUUUACAAAAACUGGUUUUAGGGCUUGGAAUAAGGCUCUUGAACGAUUGCGUUUACAUGUUGGUGAAGCUAAUAGUGUCCAUCAUAAAUGUUUCAAUAAAAUGCGUGAUUUGUCAAAUCAUUAUCAAUCAAUUCAAGUUGCUUUUGACAAGCAAUCUGAGAAGUCCAAAAGGGAGAGCCAAAUGCGUUUGGAAGCCUCAAUUGAUGUUGCAAAACUUCUCUUGCAUUAUGGAUUGCCGCUCUUCCACACUCUCCAGCACCAAAUGGAUGUUGUCGGUGACGACUCCGACAAGUCCAUCAUUGUCCCAUCAUUAAACUAUGUCCGUGACGCUAAACCCAAGGCUGCACCACCAGCAGACAUGAAAGAAUACCCAAAUUCCUAUGUUUUUAUUGUGGAUGUGCCAGGGUUGAAAUCUGGAGAUAUCAAAGUGCAGGUGGAAGAUGACAAUGUGCUGCUGAUAAGUGGAGAAAGGAAGAGGGAAGAAGAGAAAGAAGGGGUAAAGUAUAUUAGAAAGGAGAGAAUGAUUGGGAAAUUCAUGAGGAAGUUUGCACUGCGGGAAUAUGCGAAUGCUGAUGCAAUUUCUGCGGUUUGUCAAGAUGGGGUUCUGACUGUCACUGUUGACAGGUUGCCUACUCCUUGGACAAAGAAACGCAAGACCAUUGAGGUUAACACUGCAUGAGAGUCUUGACAUGGGAAUGGGAAUUGCUCUGUUUUGAUGUUUGACGGCGCAAUGUAUAAAAUUAGUAAUGAUCUAGGAGUGUACUAAUCUUUUACACUUUCUUCUCAUUUUGCUGCUAUGUUUUUCCCUGUUUUCUGAAGUAUUAUGGAGCAACAUGAGGCGCUAUAUGUUGCUUGUAAUAGGCAUGAUAGCAGAUGUUUGUUGUUAAUGCAGUGAAAUGCUUCUAUUA